ACAAGAAAAUGGCACCUGUUUCUCAGUCAUUUUCUUCUCUUCCAACCAUGAAUGGAGGGAAGUUUUUAUGAAAUCUCCCACCAAAGUUAAAAAAAGCUACAGCAAGCCCUUCCAUGCACCCACUUGUGGCGCCAUUUGCAGAACACCCACUUUGUUCAAACUUCUCUUCGUCUUUCCUUAACUUCUUCUAGAAAACAAAGACAAAACAAGAGAAAACAACACCCAUUUCUCCUGUUCAAACAUAGUUUAAUGGAAGAGAAGGAGAGCACGUUUUCUGGGUCAACCGGAAACUCGGACACGGACUCACCCCCAGCCCCGUUGAGCCACGUGGCGCCACCCCAGGUGGUGGUGAACAUGGCGGUGGACACGAGCCUUGGUGUAACAACAACGACAACCACAACAACAACUAUGAAUAUGGCAACAAAUACGACAACAGGGAGUGGUGAGUUGUUUGGGAAGAAGAAGAGAGGGAGGCCAAGGAAGUACGACGCAGAUGGGAACCUGAGGCUGUCGUAUACGGUGCCACCGCCGCCAGGGUUUGCUUUGUCGCCUUCUUCUCCUCAUUCUUCUGAAUACUCUUCCAAAAGGGGACGAGGCAGGCCUCCUGGCUCUGGAAACUGGCAGCUUCUUGCUUCUUUAGGUGAAUUGUUUGCGAACACAGCAGGAGGGGACUUCACACCGCAUGUGGUUACUGUCAACACUGGGGAGGAUGUUGCAGGAAAAAUUCUUUCCUUUGCUCAGAAGGGUCCUCGAGGAAUAUGUGUUCUCUCUGCCAAUGGAGCUGUUUCAAAUGUUACAAUUCGCCAACCGGGCUCUUCUGGUGGAAUCUUGACAUACGAGGGCCGGUUUGAAAUAUUGUCUUUAUCUGGGUCAUUUUCAGUCACUGUUACUGGUGGUGUAAGAAGUAGGACUGGCGGAUUAAGUGUCUCAUUGGCUGGGCCUGAUGGUCGUGUAAUAGGUGGUGGCAUUGCUGGUUUACUAAUGGCUGCUGGCCCUAUCCAAAUUGUCGUUGGAAGCUUCAUGCCAAAUGGUUACAAGACACAUAAAAGGAAGCACCAUCGAGAACAUACCGUGAUGUCCCCAAUCUCAGGUGCUCCUGACAUGCUAACAGCUGCAAGACCCAUCUCACAAUCAAAACCUGAUGGUGAGACCUUUUCUAACCCUACACCAUUACAAGGUGGAAACCAUGCAGAACCGGAUAACGGCACGAGCGAUAAACUGAACACAAUCGCCACCUCGAACGGUGCUGGUUGGAAUGUCUCAGAGCCAACUCCAGAGCAGAGACCAUAUCCUGACAUCAAUGUCUCCGCAUGUGGUGAAUAGAAUCAUAGGUAGGCUUACUACUGAUGCUAUUUGUUGUCUUCCAAAUGUAAUUUUUGCAAAUUAGUGGAUUAUUUUCAUUUCAGAUGUAUCUAAGAGACUUGGAGGCUGAAGUGAUAAGACUAAUUAAUUUGAGUAA